UCAUCUGUUCUCUUUAACAAUAUUAUACUGCAGAGAGGAAAGGGAGGAUACAGGAAGACUGUAAUUACACUGUGCUGAUGGGGUGGAGCAUGUUUCCAGCGCUGGCUAACAGUAAUCAUCUGUGCAUGCAAGAGCCGCAACAACAUUUUGAAAAACAAAUGGUGCAGCGGUUUAUAGCACUUCACAGAGGCAAGUUCAGGUCUUAAAGGGAUUCCCUUUUACUUCUGCUCAGUUCCUGUUGCUCAACUAAUGACACAGGCUUGGCGUUCCAGAAACACCCCAACCUCAUAAAACAAAAAUGAUGCUUGUUACUUGAUAUUUCAUAAUAAGUCGAACAGUGUUAAAUGUGAACAUGUGCAUUCAACCCACAGCUGCUCUUUCAGUUCACAGGUUGACCUAUCUUUGUAUUUGUUUAUUGACGAUCAGCUGUAUGGCAUUGUGGAGAUUAAUAGAGAAUGAUCAUCAGACAAAACCAUUCCAGCCCCCCAUUCCAAGACGUGAUGCUAGAAAAUUCAUAAAAACGAAUUCUUCAUCCACAAUUUCCGCACACGAUAUGGGAAUCAGUGAGGAAGAGUGGGAAAGACUGCAGAAGGCCCUGGAAUGGCCCAGUCCAGAUCAAGAAAUCACUGAGCUGAGUGUGAGCACAAGUCCAGUCCACUCAAAGUUCUCUAUUGUGCGACUCAAUCAGAAUUACAGCGUGGGAGAAAAGAUCCUGCUUACUAUCACUGCCAGAGACCACAAGAAUAAACUAAAAAGAUACGGAGGAGAUUUUUUCAAAGUUAAGCUGUUCAAUUCAAAGCUGAAGGCGAGUGUGUAUGGAGAGGUUGUGGAUCAUCGUAACGGGACUUACUCUGCUUCUCUUCUUCUGCCCUGGGAAGGUCAGGCACAAGUCUCUGUUCGUCUAGAGCACUCCAGUGAGGUUGUGCAGAUUCUGAAAAAAUACAGGGAGUCCUCAUUCACACGCAGUCACUAUAACGGACACUUUGAAGGACCAGGACCCAAUAAAGCCAGGAUCAGUGAAGUAGUACAGUGUAACCUUAAGUGGGGUGGAAAUGGGAGCUGGAUUAAAGGCAACUGCUGCUGCGAGUAUAAGGAUAUAAAAACGGGGACAGUGUGGCACUGUGAGAGACCUAAGAAACUUUCUUGUGACAAACUGGUUUAUCACUCAAGAGGAGGUCUGGAAAACCCAUUAGAUGCUUUUGAGAAGCAAAUUUUCACAAAAAAACUAACAAAUGUUGGCAUUAACGGAGACACACAAAUCAUAAAUGUCCUUCCCAACACAAAAAACAAUGACAGAACGGAGAGAUGCAGACCUGGUCUGACGACACCAGUACCUGCAGGUUUCUAUCUGAAUGAUGUCUGGAAGUCUUUUGUGUGCAAAACCCAACAGUUCAAUUCUACACAAACUGGAAAUUGCCUUAAAAACAAGAUUGUCUAUUUGAUGGGAGACUCCACCACAAGACAGUGGUUCGAGAGUUUAGAGAGAAAGGUGCCAGGCAUAAAAAGGAUGGACCUCCACACUCCUCCUAAAGGUGGACCCCUGAUGGCUGUUGAGUUGACAAACAAUAUAAUAGUUCACUGGGGGCCACACGGAGUUCCUCUGCGCUUUACAAAAAUGCUGAUCACUGACCUGCACUACAUCAGUAAUGAUAUUGAUGAAAUAGCUGGGGGUCCUCAUGCAGUGAUCGUCUUCACACUCUUUGCUCACCUGGUUUUUCACCCUCUAACAUUCUAUGUGCACGAAGUGGCCAAAAUCCGUCAGUCUGUCGUUUCGCUGCUGAGCCGAGCACCAGACACUCUCAUCAUCAUCAAGUCUGGAAACACUGCAGGACAAAAGGAUAUUUUUCAAAGUGACUGGUACGCCAUGCAGCUGAACACGGUGAUGCAGGAGAUGUUCAGACAUAUUGAUGGCGUAAUCUACUUCGAUGUCUGGCAGAUGACUUCAUGUCACUACCUUCGAGAAAAUAUUCACCCAGGUGCUGUUAUCGUGGCUAAUGAAAUUGAUAUGUUGCUGUCAUAUGUUUGUCCUGCCUGACUGCAGAAAUACAAUCAUUGCAAGCAUUAAGCUGAUCUGCAAAUCUUGUCUGUAUGUCGUACUUUAAAAAUUUACAACACAUUAAAGGUUAGACAUGAAAUAAGACUUAAUAUUUCCUUUAUACUGCCCAUUUCAUAUUACAUACUGUAGCUUUCAAAUAAAUUAUCAUACAUUCCUUUUGUUUGUCAUUGAAUUUAUAUUGAAUAAAAAAUUGUUCCAACAGUU